AUGAAAGACCUCACAUCGGACCAGUACCGCGCAGUGGUGGACCACCUCCUCUUGCGCGUUGUCCAAAAGCCAUGCAAACUUCAACGCGGUGCCAUAAAAGACGUGGCCCGCAUCUUUGGCCGCAAUCGCCACACGAUCUCCGAGAUUUGGAUGCGUGCAAACGUAUCACUUGGCGGCGACCUACCCAUGCGUGAAAUCGUAUGCGAGGAAAUCUCAAGCCAAAAGAAGGGCAGGGUCGCUCGAAAGCAAAAGUAUACCGAUCUACCCGCACGUAUCCGAGCCGUUCCUGCUGCUCAACUCAAGUGGGCCGUCGACUUUGUACAACCCGAUCAAAACGUGUCCUUUGAAGACAUGUACGAUUACGUUCAUGUCGACGAAAAGUGGUUCCACGCAACACGAAUCAAGUCCCGACUGUACCUCUUACCUGGUGAGCGCCCUCCUCAUCGCUCAACCCAAAGCAAGCGGUUCAUCACCAAAGACAACGACAAGUGCGAGUGGUUCGAUGGCAAGAUUGGGACGUGGCACUUCACUGAAGUUGUGCCGGCUGCACCAUCGUCGCGCAAUCGGCCGGCUGGGACACUUGAGCUUCGUCCUAUCAACGUUACGAGGACAAUUUACAAGCGCAUAUUGAUUGACAACGUGAUACCAGCAAUCAAAGCCAAGUGGCCAGCGGAAGCAACUCGAAGCGUCAUCAUACAGCAGGACAACGCGCGACCUCACGUCUCUCCAUGGGACAUUGACAUUGUUCAAGCCUGCACUUCGACCGGAUGGUCAAUGCAACUAAAGUGUCAGCCACCCAACUCACCUGACUUGAACCUCCUAGACCUUGGCUUUUUCAUAGCGAUCCAGGCGCUGCAGCAAACGCACCACUCGAAUACCUAUAAAGACAUUGUGAAUGCAACCACAAAGGCGUGGCGCGAUGUCGAGCCAUGGUCAUUGGAACGCAACUUCCUUACCUUACAGUGUUGCCUCUGUGAAGUUAUUGCGUGUGCUGGGGACAAUUCCUACAAGAUUCCUCACAUGAAGAAGGCAGCGUUUAAGAAGUGUGGACGUUUGCCUGAGUCGGUGCAGUGCAGCCACGAUGUCGUUGAUGCUGGCUGCACGUUGUUGGCCCAGCACGACUUGGACAGCGUCAUGCGUGAAUUGUCGCUGCAAACUGCCAAUGACUUGGAAAUGAGUGAGAUCUUCACUGCAUUGGAAUCGCUUGAGAUCAGUUGCGAGGAUGAGAAAGGAGUGUAG